CUUCGCCUCGCUGCUGCCAUGGGGCCAACUCCUGUACCAGGCUCCCCCCACCAGGGGCCUGCCCAGCCGCCCCUGUAACAUGCAUGUGGGCGUCACUGAUUUGUACAGCCCCUGGCACAAGGGGGUCCUGGUCCAGGCCUGGGUUCCUAGGCGCUAUGGUAGCACGGAUAAUAAUACAUUCUAAUAGGGAGGGGCAGAGUAUCCCCCAUCGCCCACCUGCCUCUGCAGCAUCCGGUGCUGCCCCGCUAGAGUCACUGUGCAAGACGGACUUGGGUCUGAUCCGGCCUGGCCAUUCCCAGGGACUGUUCGCUCCUGGAGUGUGAGCGCUCAUCCUGGGCACAGGACGUCAGCUCUGCCGCCUGCCUGGGUGCCUGAAGAGUGAUUCAUAACUAGCAAACAGUGAGCGAUGAACCCCCAACAUGUGCAUGACUGUGUGGAUUCUGUGUUCAUGCAAAGGGCAGCUGCUUCCCCAACAGCUUGUGUGAGAAAAAAACCACCUUUGCAAUCAGGGGCUCGGAGGGAAAUAGGCAAAUCCAUCAGCCGGGCCUUUCUCUCGGUUUCCCCUUUGAGUCACUGUGUGGGGAAAGGACGCGGUUUCGCUGGCAGGCCGCAGGAACAGCGUUUUAGCGUCACAGGCGGUGUGAAAAACGGCUCUGUUGCAAAUAUCAGUAACAGUGGAAAGCACAAGAGAUAAAGCUUUCCUGCCAAGUCAUCCGAGGGGGCCGGACAUCACAGCGUGUCCUCUCCAGCCAGCAACCCAUAUAAAAUGUGGGGAUCAUGUCUUGGGUUUAUCCCCGGGUGUGCACUUGGAGUGACAGGUCUCCUCAGGAGCUGAGGUACUGGCUAGGGUUGUAUUCACGGGUCCCCAGGCUGUCUUCACUCUUCCAGACUUGCCAAGCUGCUCCGUGGGGAGAGAGAAAAGUGGUUUCCCAUGGACGUGGCUCUUGCGGCAAAGGACUGGCCCAAAGUCAUGCUUUAGAGCUGAGCUGGGAACCCAGCCCCAUGCUGCAAGCGCCAGGCCUGUAGCUUUCCCAUGGGAAGCUGUGGGAUGGGUGCUGGGAGCGCUGGGCUGUCACAUGCUGCUAGUCGCGUGCCUUUGUCUCCCUGCUCCAGGUGGUGAAGAGGAUCCCAGCUCCGGUCCUAGAGGAUGGUUUGGGCAUUUGUCUUUGUUCUGCUGGGCGCUUGCUGUCAGGUGGAGGGAACCAAUGCCGGCCUGAAAGGCAGAGUAACACAGAAGGGCCUGGAGUACGGUCAGCAGUUCGGCCUGGAGGCGGUGAAGUCACUGCUGAAGAAGGAGCACUUCCCGGAUCUGAAUGGUUCAUACAACAUCCCUCUCAUCGGGGACGUGGGCUAUUCCGUGUCCAGGAUCCAGAUUCAAGAGCUGCAGCUGAAUGAGUCGGUCGUACGCUUCUCCGAGGGGACAGGCGUGAGGCUCGUGGUCAGCAAUGCCCGCAUCCAGCUCCACGGUGUCUGGCGAGUGAAAGUUCUGUUUGUACCCGACAGCGGCUCCUUUGACCUGAGCGUGAGCGACCUGUCCCUCUCCACCGAACUGGGGGUGAGCAGAGAUGACAGUGGCCGUCCCCAGGUGUGGAGCACCAACUGCCGCUCCAGCAUUGGGAGGCUGGAUGUGAAGUUCCAUAAUGGAGCCAGCUGGCUUUACAAUCUGUUCACGGGGGCUCUCCAGGCACCCCUGCGGUAUGAAGUAAAUAGGCAGCUCUGUCCUGAGCUCGGGAAAGGGAUCCGUGAUCUGGAGCGAGUCCUGAAGACCAUGCAAGUCUCAGCCCAGAUCGACCCCUUUGCUGCAAUUGACUACUCCUUGGUGAACAAGCCAGUGAUUGCCAGGGAGCAUGGAGACAUGGACCUGAAGGGUGAGUUCUAUGGCGUGGGCAAGCACAGAGAGAGCCCCUUCUCCCCCGCCCCCUUCCUGCUGCCCGACGAGGGUGACCACAUGCUGCUCCUCGGCCUCUCCGAGUUCUCGGCCAACUCGGCUGCGUUCGUCUACUUCACGGCGGGGGCCUUGCGGAAAAACUUCAGGGACGACAUGAUCCCGAAGCACUCCCCUGUCCGGCUGAACACACGGAGCGUGGGGCUGUUCUUCCCAGAGCUGAAGAAGCUCUACCCCGAUAUGCCCAUGGAGCUGCACCUGUUUGCCCGCAAGCAGCCCCUGCUGACCUGCCGCCCGGACAGCCUGGACCUGGCCCUGUUCGGCACAGCCGAGGCCUUCGUCGUCCUGCCAAAUGCCACCCUGGCCUCGGUCUUCCUGCUGGACCUGGAUGCCAGCCUGGCCGGGCAGCUGCAUCUCGACUCAGCCAAGGUCGGGGGCUCCGUGGCUCUGACUGACUUCAGCCUGUCCGUGGUGCGGUCCCAGGUCGGCUCAGUCCAGGUGAAGACGCUGGAGACCCUGCUGAAGCUUGCGCUGCGGAUGGUUGCAUUGCCGAUGGCGAACAAGAAGCUGAAGAAAGGAUUCCCUCUGCCCAGCGUCUAUAACCUCAGCCUGGUGAAUCCCCGUGUCAAAAUCAACCAG